AUGAAGGCCGAGGAUGAGAAAAGUUUUGAAGACGACGACGACGAGCUCAGUCCUAGCGAUACGAUACGGAGAAGACAAAGUGGCGCUCCGUACUCUUCGUCUUCAUCUUCCAGUAUGAAUUUCGUCCACGGGCCUAAAACUUCCAUUGCAACGCAAGGAAUCGCCGUGGAGACGCUCACUACAGCGCUGAAUAAAAGUCUGGAGCCGGUCAUCGACGUCAUCCUCAAACAUGGAGGCGACAUCAUUAAAUUCGCGGGUGAUGCACUUAUCGUAAUGUGGGAGACUGAAGCUUCUCGAGGGAAAGUUACACCAAGUGGGGAAUUGGUAUAUCGAGCGGUUUGCUGUGCGUUAGAAGCCUUACACGCCCUACAGGUGGCAGUCACUAGUGGAGGAAACGACAGCGAGAGUUCUCACUUACAGCUGCUUGGGAUGCACGUGGGUAUCGGAGUGAGCGACAUGACGGGGAACCACGUUGGUGGGGUGCUCAACCGGUGGGAAUUCUACCUCAGCGGCGACGCUAAUCGCCAGAUGAGCAUCGCAGAGGAGAACGCUCGGAAGGGCCAGGUGGCGCUGUCGCCCGAGGCUUUUAAUGCGCUGGAGUCACGGUUCGAAUCUCUUCCUGAAUUGGACGUGGUCUGCCACAUUAGUGGGAAUUAUCUGGUGAACGAAGUACCGGGAGAUUUCCCACCGUUUGAGCCCCAUCGAGCGAGUUUCGUAUCCCCGCAACUUGAGCCGACUGCAGACUUGGUCGGAUUUCUUCGGUGCUACGUGCCUGGAGCGAUUGUGUCCCACCUGCAAAAGGGGCUCACCCUCAGUCCGUGUCGAUUGAAUGUUACUGUCGCGUUUGUAAAACUGGAGGGCGUGAUUGAGAUUAAGGACGAGCAGAAACAGCUGCAGACGAUUCAUCAGAACUUGUGCACGAUUCAAGAGUGCGCGUACAAGGCUCAGGGAAUGUUGCGGCAAUUUGUUAUCGACGACAAAGGCGCUAUCGCCAUUGUUGCUAUCGGACUGCCGCCAUUUUUUCACGAAAACAACUGCUUCCGCGGCAUCAAGUUUGCGUCCUACGUCCUGGAAAGUGGUGUUAAGGCGUCGAUUGGUGUAACUACCGGUUCUGUUUUUUGCGGCUCCGUUGGCAGCAAUGCCCGUGCCGAAUUCGCCGUCGUAGGCGACUCAAUCAACUUGGCUGCGAGGUUGAUGGCAGCAGCUCCUGUGGGGGAGAUUUACUGCGACGAUCGGACGCACAAAGAGACCAAAGACUCGGUGCAUUUUCGAGAUGCGAUCGAGAUGAUAGUGAAAGGGAAGACCGAGCCCAUUCAGGUUUUCCCCGUCCAGCAAUACUCGCAAGCCGAAGUAUUUGCGACCGAUCUACCAGACACGGCCUAUCCUGCACCCUACCGGUGUAGCAACAUUCUGGACGCAGUGCCGCUCUUUGGUUCCGUGCCCAAGUCCAACAUCAGUGAAUCAAAUGCACUGCACCGAGCGCUAGUCGUGUACGGCGACAGCGGUACGGGCAAAACCAUGCUCAUCAACCACGUCGUGCAGCGCCAUUCACUCCGAUGCUUCAGGGGAUGCGGCGAUAGUGUGGACACGGCUGUGGAUUUCCACGCUUGGCGAGGUAUCGCUAAAGUUAUGGCAACAAUCAUGGCGGCAUCCCCGAAUGGUCUGCGAGUUACAGCGCUGGAAUACUUGGUUCUGCACCAGCAAGUCACGAAAGAGACGCUGAAAAAGCUGCGACACUGGUUCCCGUACGAAGACCCGACGAUGACAGCGCCGACGGAAUCAACUGCGGAGAAGGGGGAAGGAGUGUUGAGGUCUUUCCGGCAAGUUUUGUUCUCUGUAAUCGCAGUGGUGAGCGCGGCAAAGCCCAUUAUGCUGGUGUUUGACGACGCCCAGUGGAUGGAUAACCGAAGCUUGGGGCUGGUACUCAAGGUGCUUGAAGAGUUGCCGAAUGUUUACUUCUUGAUCACUGUUCGGGGGAUAUCCAAGCAUACCGCUAGCGCCAGAUCGAUGCUGCUCGCUCUGGUCAUGAGUCUGCCGACUGUGGACACGCGUCAGAUGGACUGCUUCACGUACCAGGAGACGAGUCUCUUCUUGUGCCAGCAGUACCAUAUCACCAUCAUGGAUACCCACGUGCUGGACUUUGUGUUCGAACGCACGGAAGGGAACCCGGGGUCGCUGAUCAAGCUGUUGAACUUCAUGCUGGACGCGAAGUACGUCGCCAUCCAGCCAGAGAGCAACAACAUCGUGAUUCUCAAAGAUCUGGACGAAAUGGAUACACUGGUGCCGCAGCACAUUCGAGCGCGGGUCAUGUCGAUCGUCGAUUCACUGGACGCACUCGCCCAGACAGCGUUAAAGCUGCUCAGUAUCAAUCCACAACCAAGCGAAGAGAGGACGGUCAACGGCGUACUGACGCUCCUGUCGACAAUUCAUAAGGACGGGAGCAUGAGCGAGGCUAGCGGCAUUGGAAUUGGCCUCAAAGUUCCACGUCCAACGUCGGAAGUCUCGCUGCUUCGUCAAGUGCGUGAAAGCCUCAUCCCGUGCGAGAAAGCGCUGCUGACGAUCGACCCGCACAACAAACUGUACUUCUUCAACACGGAAGAGAUGCGUCUUGUGGUCUACGACACGAUGCUACCCUCCCAGCGUAAAGUUCUCCACGGUUUGUACGCCGAGUGGCUCAGAUACGCAGCCACUAAGUCCGGUCGAGACUCGAUCGCUCCCCCCUCCCUUGCGACGGGCUCCACGACGUCCGAAGCGAACUUGACGACCGCAGCGGAGAGCCCCAACGCUCCAUCCACUAUCCGUCCAAUGCCGUACCAGCAGUACGCUCUGCUCGGCUACCAUCUUUCCCAGUCCGACAACCCGAAAGAAGCGUUGGAGGCCUAUUACCUCGCAGCGGAGGGAGGGAUGGAAGCCAAAGAGCUGGGCUUUGCGGAGGAAUGCAUGCACAUGUCCAACAAGAUCGUCAACACCCACCCUCGAAUCAAAGACCUGUGUGAGCUGGAUAUAAUCUUGCUCCGGAGCCGUAUCGAGUUCAUCCGCGGCACCAUCGCAGUCGAGACCAACGACUUGACUCUAGCCGUCACCCACAUGGCCUACGUCACCAGGCUGUUUAACCGCAAGGGCAGCGUCCUGCGCCACUACACCAACAACGUCCAGCGCGAGGGGCUCCCGAGACGCUCCUCCCUCAGCUUCACCGGUAGUCGUCGUACAAGUUUCCCCAUGUCCACAACAGUUGAGCCCGUCCCGUCAACGAAAAAGUGUCUCAGUUUGCUGUCCAAGUCGAAAGGCCUGGAGACCAUUCAAGCUCGAUGUAUGCCUCGCUUGUUCACGUUCAACAGUAUUUUCCCGUCCGGUCUGCGAGCCGCUGGCCCACAGGGGCGACAGGGUCUGAGGAAGAUGUCGACACGCCCCAAGUCGAAUCGGAUCCAGGCCGAGCAAACGCUGGAAGCUCUGGACCAGAUCAACUUCUUCAGGCGAAAAGCAUCAGCCCUCAUCAAGCAGAUCAACUACGCCAAGAGGAAGGAGGAGGAAAUGCACCGCCACAUCCAGAAGUUUGCCCAGCGAAGCCUGCAAACGAAAGACAAGCGUUGA